AUGGAAGAACCGCCACCCCCGCCCACCUCCGCCAACCCCAACGCCCGUACUUGGAGCUACUGGCAGUGGAGUAACCAAGACUUCUUUCCAGAGCCAUCACUCCAGAGCUUCACCACCUACCGGGCCUCCCUUGCCUCCCCAUGCUUCCGUCUAAGGGAUCGCCUCCUCAACCACUCCUCUGACAACAACGAGCUCAACGUCCUCCCUCACGCUAGCGAGAAUCCCAUGUGUCGCUGCCUUACCGCCUGGGUCCUCACCUGGCUCGCUUUCGGCUCUGGAAUCUUCGUAAUCAUCAGCCAGGAGGCCCACACCAAUGUCGUUCCUGCCAUCGUUCUCGCCUACGCCAUCUCUGGCUUCUCCGCCCUCCUCUCUGCCCUCUGGUACAUUGAGUUCGCAGUCGACGUCCCUGUCGUCGGCGGCUCUUUCUCCUUCCUCCGCAUCGAGCUUGGUGACUUCAUUGCCUUCCUUGCCGCCGGAAACAUCCUCCUCGAGGCUGUUGUAGGUGCUGCAGGCCUCGGCCGUUCAUGGUCCUCUUAUUUUGCCAGUAUGAUCAAGAACGAUCCAAAUUUCUUUCGGAUCCGGGUGAAUUCCUUCCAAGAAGGGUUCAACAUGCUGGAUCCAAUUGCUGUUGUCAUUUUUUUAUCGCCAACGGUGUUGCAAUGA